AUGGCCCAGGAAUCCUUUGACGAGGCGACCGACAGCUUCCUGCGCUGGUUCAAGUCGCUUCCUGGCGCUACCUUUUCGGAUUCCAUACGGGUUGUCGACCUGAGAGCUCGCAAUGCUGGUCGUGGUAUAGUCGCUACUCAAGACAUCCCAGCGGAUGCCACGCUCUUCACGAUCCCCAGGAAGGCCAUCAUCAAUGCCGAGACAUCUACGCUGAAGGAGCGGAUUCCACACCUAUUUGAGAGCCAUGGAGACGAGGAUCAUGAGCAACAGCUCGACUCUUGGGCCGCGCUCAUCCUGAUACUCAUCUACGAGCACUUCCAAGGCGAGAACUCACAGUGGAAGCCAUACCUGGAUGUAUUGCCCGAAAAUUUUGACACGCCAAUGUUCUGGGAUGAUGCCGAGCUCGCAGAGCUACAGGCAAGCGCGAUGCGUUCCAAAAUUGGCCGCGAGAGCGCCGAAGCCAUGUUCCGCUCGAAGAUGCUGCCGGCCGUGCGAAUGAACCCUGGUGCGUUUCCCGGUAGCGAGGGGCUCAACGACGAGGCCCUCAUUGCGCUGGCGCACAGGAUGGGCAGCACCAUCAUGGCGUAUGCAUUCGACUUGGAGAAUGAACAUGAAGAGGAGGAGAACGAAGACGGAUGGGUCGAGGACCGAGAAGGCAAGGAGUUGAUGGGCAUGGUACCCAUGGCCGACAUACUGAACGCCGAUGCCGAGUUCAACGCACACGUAAAUCACGAGGAUGAGAGCCUAACUGUGACAUCUCUCCGCCCGAUCAAGGCCGGCGAGGAGAUUCUCAACUACUACGGGCCGCUACCAAACUCGGAGCUCCUUCGCCGCUAUGGAUACGUUACGGAGAGACACGUGCGCUACGAUGUUGUUGAAAUCCCAUGGGACACUGUUUUGAACGCUGCAGUGGCCCAGCUCGGGCUUUCUGUGGACACUGUUGAGAAGGCUCUUCAAAGGUUGGACGAAGCCGACUUGGAAGACGUCUUCGUUCUGGAGCGUGAGUUUGUCGAGCCAAAUUCUGACGGUACCUUUGCUGGCCCAGCCAAUCUCCAGGAUAUGCCGUCAGACCUUCAGGACCAGCUCAAGAGAUUUUUGAAGGCCCUGCAAAAAAUCGAUGAGAGCCUCGUUCCAGACAAGAGGAAACGUGAUGGGAUACAGCAGGCCAUCCUGGGCAAGUCCCUCCUGGACAUCGAGUCACGAUACCCAACGACUAUGGCCGAGGAUGAAAUUUUCCUGCAGCAAGGAAGCACAACUCCGCGUCAAAGAAUGGCCAUGCAAGUGAGAUUGGGAGAGAAGAGACUUCUGCAGGAAGCCAAGGACCUCCUAGCCCGCGCCUCGAAUGAGACGGAACAGGGGGGUUCAAUGCCGGCCAAAAGAGCCAGGCGGGCUGGCUGA